CAGGUCUGCCUCGUUAUUUUUUCUCCUUCUCUCUCUCCGCCGCCUUUUCCAUAGCAGUUUUAACCGUCGUCUGCGCGUUUGCACUGUUAGAUCUAACCAUAUACACGCGCGUCCGUUGCUGUCGCGUUGUUCCCUUUGUUUUUUUUUUUAUAUAUAUAGUCUAUUCAACGUGCGCGCGUGUGUGUGUGUGUACGAGCGUGUACGCACCGCUCUUGUCUCGUGUGCUUCUAUAGUACGCGCGCGUACGGAUCCGACCGACAAGCGAACAUCGUGUGUGUGACGAAUAACGCAAAUCUGAACAUUUCGUACGUACACGCGUUUAUUGUGCGACCGUAGUGUGUAGUUGGUGCGCGUGUUCGUAACGUUUGUGCGGAUAGUGCCGCCCGACUAGGAGAUAAAAUCGCGCGAAUACCACCACAGACUCUGUAUAGUCUCAGGCGGCAUGUCCGAAAACCGCGCGGGCAACAAUGUCGGCUGGGGCAACCGAGACGACCACGCGGCCGCCGCCGCCGCCAAUGUUUGGUGGAGUAACAAUCAACAAGAUCCUCAACAACAGCAUAUGCAGCAGCAACAACAACAACAGCAGCAGCAGCAGCAACAACAGUUGUUGAACCAACACCAUCAGCAGCAACUGGCUGCUGUGGCUGCUGCAGCACAGCAACAGCAACAGCAAGCCGCUGCUGCGGUGUCCGCUGCACAGCAAUUUUAUAAAAUGGCGUCCACAUUCAGCCAUCAACAACACCAACAACUGCAGCAACAACAACAACAGCAACAACAGCAUCAACAGCAACAGCAGAUGAACAACGUAUCCACUAGCAACAGCAAUACAACGGUUACUAGCAGCUCUAGAAACCCGAUGGCCAACUAUGCGGACUACGGUAUCGCCGCUGCUGCAGCCGCACAAUGGUGGCCGUAUCCAGGCGCAAUGGACAACAAUAUUCAAAAUUUACAUAACGUUCCGUCGCCUAAUGCGAUCAUGAACCGAGGGAAGAUGCCUAGAGGCAAAGGGCCUGACGCUAAACCAAGGGGUCGUAUGACCGCAUACGCCUAUUUUGUACAAACGUGCCGCGAAGAACACAAAAAGAAACAUCCAGAUGAAAAUGUAAUAUUUGCUGAAUUUUCGAAGAAAUGCGCCGAAAGGUGGAAGACAAUGAAUGAAAAAGAAAAGAAAAGAUUCCAUGAGAUGGCCGACAAAGAUAAAAUGAGAUAUGAUACUGAAAUGCAGAGUUAUAUACCUCCUAAGGGUGAAAAGGUCCGCGGUAAAAAAAGGAAGCAAAUCAAAGAUCCUAAUGCUCCAAAACGCUCCUUGUCUGCAUUCUUUUGGUUUUGUAAUGACGAGCGUGGAAAAGUUAAGGCUGUGAAUCCAGAAUAUGGUGUUGGUGAUGUAGCUAAAGAGUUAGGUAAAAAAUGGUCUGAUGCUGAUAUUACUGUAAAACAAAAAUACGAAGCAAUGGCAGAAAAAGACAAAGCAAGAUAUGAAAGAGAAAUGACCGAGUACAAAAAUAAAGGUAAGCCCAAUUUAAUGCAACAACAACAACAACAUCAAAUGUUAAUUCAACAACAACAACAAAUUCUUGCACAGCAACAGCAGCAACAAAUGAUGCAAGUUAAAGAUGAAAGUGAAGAGGAUGAUGAAGAAGAAGAUGAUGACGAGUGAUCUCUUUUAGAUUCUUAUCGGAAUUUUCUUUUCGUACCUCGGAAAUUUUAAUUUUAAACUUUGUAAAUACAAAUAAGUUAAUUUUUAAGUUAUAGAUUUAAAAGUAAUUUUGUACAGAAUAACUGUAGAAAAUUGGUUUUGUCUCAACAAAAAUAAUAAUAAAUAUUGGAUUCAAAUUUUUAAUUUUUAUAUUAGAGAUUCCUAUAUUUUUACUAAAACUUUACAAAAUUUACCGUAAAAAUAUUUCUUUACAGACUGAUAUAUUAUGAUGAAUUUUAAAAUUACAUUUUGAUUUUUCAGGAGUAUAAUAUUAAAUUAUGCCAUUGAAUUUUGUACUAAUUUAAGGUUUUAACUGAAAAUACCUCCUGUAAAAUAUAAAUGUAAUUUUAUAUUUGUACAUAUAAUUUUUUUGUUUACUAUUUUAUUUUAUUUUUUUUAAUUUGUAAUUUUAAUAUUAGAGAAAGAAAUUGCAUAUGGCGAUAAAUUGCGAGAUCUUAACCAUUACAUUAAAUAAUAUUUUCAUAAUAGGACUACACAUCUGAUGGAUUCAAACAAUUUUUUAUUUACAGUUAAGUUUGUUUUUUUGUUAUGAUAAAUAUCACCUUUUUUUUGUAUUUGUAAUCAGAUAGUAAAAAUGGAAAUAAACCAUAACAUACAAACUUAAAUCAGUUUAUAACAAUACAUGUACACUAUGGAAUAAUUUGCACUAUUGUGCUGUGUGACAAAUAUUCUCGCCAAAAAAUAAAAAAAUAUAUAUAAUGAAA